UUCAUCGCUUUUUCCCAUCAUUUCCGUUGAAUCAAUAAAUUUUUCCUUCGACAUGCGGAAAAGUUUGGAGAAUUGAAAGUUAUCAUAGCUACAAAGCCAUCGUUCCAUCAUUAAGAAUUUUUUUCAGAAAAAAAAAACAUUUCUCCCAUUGAUAUUAUGAAAGGUGACUUCAUACACCGUUGUAGACGAAAAAGCACCGAUUAUUAAGUGAUAAUAAAAAUAAUCAGAAAUUAUAUACGAGCUUUUCUAAAAUAAACAACUUGCAACAAAACUGCGGUUAAAACCAACGCGUUCAAGGGAUUCGAGUAGCUAACGUCAUCAACCCGUCUUGAACAAUAUUAUAACCGCGGUCCUUGCAGAAGGAGCGAAAACCUAAUCUAAUCAGAUUAGUACAUAAUAGAAAUUGUGAAUUGAAACACAGCUAAUAAAGGUGCAUUAAUUUAUUCUAGGGCUAGCUUUGGACGUUUGUUUCUUUGAACAUCAGCCACAGAAUAAUCCACAGCCUUCCAUACCAGAGGGUUAUAAUGGUUGUCUGCCAUCUGCCCUUAUAUAAUGCCCGUUGCAAGUUCUUUGAUAAAUCAUAAACCCACUGAGACAUACUAUGGAGCGAAGAGCUCUGCUGGUUGCUGGAUUACCUGUAGCAACAAAACAAAGCAUGAAGCCGAAAACGCAUGUCAUGAUAGGCUUAAUAAUGGAUUUGUAGUUAAUUCAUUUGAGGUCGAUCAUCGGUUAGCCUUGUUUGGGAGGAAAUAAUCUAUAUAUUUCUUCAAAAAUACUGACAGAGUCCUUUAGAGGAGUAUUGAUAAUUGUUAGCUUGUUACCAUCUCUGCUUGUUACCGAAAGCGCCUGAAACUUUUACGGUUUUCGCAAAACAGAAUUUUCUUACAUUUUUAUUAUUAUCGUCUAGAGGUUAAUGCAUGCGUUAUCAGAUGGCAGAGUAGGACCGGGAAAUUUAAAUAUUACUUUGCCGAACGGGAUAGAAUGCUAGAAUGACCUUUUUCACCUUUAAAGAAUUGGAAGUGCUGUAAACAAAUAUAAAUUAACAUUCAUCUAUAAGGGAAUAAUUAAAGUGAACCCAUUAUAUGAACGUCGGACAUAUCUGUAGUUUGUAUAUUUUAUCGUCGUUUUAUCCUUGAUCAGUUUUCAGUUGAUAUUCGCUUUUUAGUGUUUCGUCGUUCGCAAGAUCAAACAACAACAUUUCUCACCAGUUUCAUUGACGUCGGUUUCUACUCGCAAUUUUAAAUUAUCAGUGUUCAUUUUGGAUUCCCGUUUUUUUGCCAAAAUCGUGCAAUAAUGUCCGAAAAUAAACAAAUUCCCAAUGGACUGAAAUUUCUGUUUGGGGGCACAGCAGGAAUGGGGGCCACAGUAUUUGUCCAGCCCUUAGACUUGAUAAAAAACAGAAUGCAGUUAAGCAAAGGCAAAGAAUAUCCUACUUCACUUCAUGCAGCUAGAGGUAUCAUUGCCAAGGAAGGCUUUUUUGGUUUAUACAAUGGACUGUCUGCUGGACUUUUCAGACAAGCCACUUAUACCACUGCUAGAUUAGGAAUAUACACCUUUCUUUUUGACAAAGCCAAAUCUAGUGAGGGAAAACCUCCAGGCUUUGCCAUAAAAGCGGUUAUCGGCAUGGUCUCGGGGAUGUGUGGGGCCUUUGUGGGGACCCCAGCAGAAGUGGCCUUAAUUAGAAUGACAGCUGAUGGGAGGCUUCCACCUUUGGAACGUAGGAACUACUCAAGUGUUUUCAAUGCACUUGCAAGAAUAGUCAAAGAAGAGGGGGUAUUGACUUUAUGGCGAGGUGCUGUUCCAACCAUGGGUAGAGCUAUGGUGGUCAAUGCUGCACAGUUGGCCAGUUAUUCUCAAGCCAAACAGCUGCUGAUCGAAAAUUUGAAACUUAGUGAAGGUAUUUUCCUGCAUUUUGUUGCCUCCAUGAUCUCUGGUUUGAUCACAACCGCUGCCUCAAUGCCUGUUGAUAUAGCAAAGACCAGGAUCCAGAAUAUGAAGACAAUAGAUGGCAAGCCAGAGUUUAAAGGGCCACUUGACGUUCUAGGGAAGGUCAUUCGCAACGAGGGAGUCUUCGCCCUUUGGAAAGGGUUUAUGCCCUAUUACUUCAGGUUAGGUCCACACACGGUCCUAACUUUCGUUUUUUUAGAACAAAUGAACGCGGCUUACUUCAAGCAUGUACUUGGUCAAGAAGUGAAAGGGGGCUUAUAGGAGAUGCCAAGGCUAAAAACUAAAACAACGAAUUGACAUGUGAUGUAUUCUCAUCUUUUAAUGCUACGAGGCAUACUCGUAAAGUAUGCGUAUAUUUAAUUACAGGCAGGGCUGACAAAGUUGAACGCAGCAGUGCCAUCUACUGAUUGUUUCGAGGUCACUAACGUCAUUGUUUCGAUUCUGUAGUGAUUUGAUUCACUUGGGUUUCGAAUUGCGUGCCGUAAUUCGGUGCUAUAAUGUGUGAUAGAUGAUCUUUUCUAUGACAAUUUUGAAUGUGGAACUCCUGAAACGUAUCCUAUGGUGUCCAUGCUGAUAAUCCUUAUAGUUUGUUUGACCGCUAAAUGUAAGCACAAAUGGUUUUAACCCUGUUUACUGACGAGGUUUCGGCCAUCACGGUCUAUUUCAGGUACAAGUGGCAAUAAUAUUAUUGCACUGCAGGUAGCUAAGCCCUUAGAUAUCAACAGGGCACCAUAUGGAGGAUAAUUCUAUCCUCCUCCUCUAAUUAUAUCCUGGUGCAUCCAACAAGAGGAAAUGCAUAAACUAGGCCACUAAUUGUCAAUCGUUGAUCAGAUCGGAGUGUUGGUCCACUCGUUGAACGAGUUUAUCGGUCUGGAUAGUGGGUCUUCUACAUCGCUCUGCAUCAUUUUCAUUUGUGCAGCGGUCUUAAGUCUCGACACCAUUGUUUAUCCUUUUCUUCUUUCAUAAUAGUCGAUCGAUAAACUAGGCAUAUGUUCUGGUGAAUUUGAGCUGCCGUAGAUCCUUUUGCGCAAAAAAACAAAUUACAAGUACUUCGCAAAUGGUGGGAUCAACUAGACGUUAGUGAUUCUUCACUCGUUCACUACGACCGACUGGUAUUACAGGAUCCCUAUAAUCCAAGCGAACUAGUUGUGAGUGAACGAACCAGAACAAGAGAGGAGACAGGGCACCACCAUAGGCAACCAAGUAAGCAGAAGGUUGUUUAACCGGUUGUCUGAAUACGAUCGUGGUUUAGUUCACGUAUAUGGAAUAGAAUGACAAAUUCCGUUAGUUAAAAAGGCUGAAAGAAACAAAAAUUAGGUGACUUUCAUAUAACAUUUCACCCAUCGAGGCUAAUGAAAAAAUUGGAACAAUAUUAAAAUGAAACUAACUUAACUACAGAUUUCCAUUUGAAAACUUUUUUUGGUCUUGAUCGGCUUUUAGUCUAUUUUCGUCCGCCAGACCAGACAGCAACCCAUGGACAUCUGUUUCAUGUUUUUUAGUAACUCAUCAGAAUGGUCUAGCCUUAUUCUCUGGGACAACUAACGAAAACAAAGCUACUAUCCUCUAUCCAAGGUAUGAGAUCUAUGUAAAUAAGGCAGCGCAAGGCGUCAUCUAUUACCAAAAUCGAGCACUGCGAAUGGCGACUGAGCUAUCAAACGCAAACUGAUAUCUUUGUAGUUCCAACCGAUAGCUGCUAUACACUCUCUAGUGCUCGAUUCUGGUAAUUGAUGGCGCUUUGCGGUGUCUUAUUUUGAUUGGCGAGAUCAACAAUCGUCGCGGACAUUAUUGGCCAUGUUUUCACCGUUUACACCAUAGCCACGGUGUAAACUGGCCUAGAACAACGUUUAUGCAAUAACUAUUGUGGUCUGAGGCUAUGUCAAAAUCACGAAGGAUGACUAUUACGUCAUACCAUAAAUUGUACUGAAGUAAUCAAGGGACGUAUGUCAAUGAUAAAAUCACGAUCUCAGGAACAUAUAUUAUGACAAUGAAUUUAUAUUAUGAUUUUGCGAAGUUAGGUUAUUUCGACUAUAUCCAAGGCCCGUAUCGUCAGUCGUCCCUACAAGUGUAGGGCUCGUUUAUGGCCUUCUUGAUUGUCAUAGUUUUCCACUUCUCCGUGUCUGAACUCUAUUUUGAGGUUAUGUCACAAACAUCUAUUCGCAUCAAAUUGUGCUUGCUUUUGAGUUAUAUCAUGUAUUAUCAGCCUGAAAUUUCGUACAAUUUAAAAAGAAAACGUAUCUUCACAAUAGGAGAGCGCUGACGCUGACACGGAACAAGUAUAAUCUAGAAAUUUUUGAAGGAGAGAAAGGAGUAUGACAAUCAAGGAGGCCAUAAACGCCCCCUACAAUUGUAGGGACGACUGACGAUACGAGCCUUAGUGCUUAGCUACCUGUGGUGUAAACAGGACCAUUUGUUGAUAAGGAAUCGACUACUGAGUUAAAACAAUGACUUCGGAAACAAACAAGAGAUGGCAGCGCAUGCGUUAGAUCCACCAAUAAUCAAAUAUAUGCAAACGGCCCUUUCUUUACGAAAUAAACAGGCAACAAAUUGAUGUUCAUAUAUUGCAUGAAUGUGUCAAGUUCUUAUGUCAAGUGCUUGACCUUCUACUUCUAUAGUAUUGUCGAUAAUGUUUAAAGGGUGAUUUUUAACUUAUUACAAGUUUUUAAUUAAUUUAGGUAAUAUAUUAUUUGAACGGUGUUCUGAAAUAAUGGUAUAACCCCCUUACCUGUCGUUGUGAGAUAAUUAACAUAUUGUAUUAGAUCGCGUUAAAAAAACACAGAUUGAAAAAUAACUUUUAUUAUAAUUUUUAAAUGAACUAUAGAUACUCAUGAAAGUCAAAGGCACAACAUUUUAAACAAAAAAUUAUUAUUUACUGGAUAAAAAAAUAAAAAUACCGGUUAGACCAUUGUUGCAAAAUCAAAAAUCGUUAUAAAAGUGUUUGCAACAAUAGACUACCAACUGAAAUAAUUAGUUUGUUUAGAUAAGUGAGUGAUUAUUAUUUUCGACAACUGUACCAAGAUCUUCCAAUUGCUCCUCGUCGAUUUCAAAAUCUGGAGUAGGUCCAAGUCCUUCUACAUCUUCUUGAAAAUCGUCACCUUCAAUGGUUUUCUGGAAAUUGUAGAGCGGCUUUGCAGCCAUCGGGAAUUAACUUUUAUAUAUCUGUCAAGUCUUUUACCUUUUCUGCUGAAAUUUGUUUACCGUUUGAUCACAGAGGCGGUAGGUCUAGUCUUCCAAAUGCAAACUUUCUUACUUUUCCUGCACUUUCUAUGUUCACUGUGGUACAGAUGAGAUAUGCGACAUGUUUUUUCAUGUAUAGAAUGGUGGGUCCUUUUUUAUCAAUAUCACGUGAGUUUUCAGCCAACUUACAGUGUCUUUGGUAACUGAGUCAAACUUACGGUUUGUUAUGAUUGAAUUGAUUUUUUCUUUGACCUACCUUCAUGAUUUCCAUAGAGUCCUUAUCUGUGAACAGUCUCUGCUUCUCUAGUCACUAUUGCUGGGGCUGGAAAAGAUUCGUAAAGGUAAUGAUUCUCUCCACCCAUUCUGCCGAAGUGUCCAUGCGUGUUAAGCUGGUACGGUGAAAAAUCGGCAUGGUACAAAGCGUUCGAGGCAUCUUUGAAAUCACCUAUACUGCGCAGGUAACUAUCAAUAGGAGCAGGGACUGGAUAUUGGUUGUUUUUAUUGCGGUAAAUAUCUAACAUCCCGCGUUCCUCAACAGUUAUGUCUCCGGUGUGAUUUUUGAUAGCCAUAAUCCUGGCGUACAAGUGUUGGUGGAAAUACCACGUUGCCAUUGACUCGCUCAUGUACUUUGCAAUUGACUUGUUUGCAACGCAGAGUUGGUUGAAGGUCUCUUUACAUAAAGGUAAGAAACCCUCGAAAGUGGGCGCAAACUUCCGAUCCGCGUGGACUUGUCUCAUUGGGUAAAACCCAUCGAGAUCCACAUCUUGAUACAUAGUAUCGUUCUGAAGUGGCGAGGCCUUUGUAGACCUCUUCUUUGGUUCCAGGCUCGUGUCUGUUGUUGGUGGUAUUUUAGAGACCGAUGCACUGUCAGGGUGGUUGGAUUUCUUACUCCCUGAAUUGCUAUCGGACGCUGGAGCUACAUAAGCUCCUCUUCCACGACCACGUCCUCUGGUUCCGCGACCACGGAAUUGUUGUUGUUGUUGGCCUCCUCUUCAGAGUUGCGAAACGGGCGCACUUUCGGCAGCUCCGGCUUCCAAGUUAGUUGUCUCUGUGUUGUUCAUCUUUGUCUUCUGACGCUAUAACACCUUUUUAUAUGAAUGAAUUCUUUAAAAUUUAGUGAGAUUGUUUCAAGGGAGGGGCGAUUUUGCAAAACAUGAAUGAGCAUCAAAACUAUUUUAAUACUUCUGUUUUGACCCCCACAGGAGUCUGACCAUAAAAUGAGUUUUUUUAACAGGAGCACAUACUUUUGUGUUUAUACAGGGUGUUCCUUAAUGAUAUGCGAAUAUUUAAGGGUGUGAAUCUACAUGAAAAAUUAAUGUUAGUUUGCUUUAUAAACUAUGGUCCAACAAUGUUUCCUUACAAAAACUCGAAGUUUUAGGAAAAAAAAGGAAAUUAAUUAAUAUUUUCAGAACCGCUUCAGAUAUUUCACUGAUAUUUAGUACGUAGUGCAAGUUAAUAAAGUUGUAUAUUUUUCAAUACAAAAAUAAUUUUUUGCUUUAACAGUGGCGUGCGUACGGGCAUUGACCGAUAUUUUUUAAGAAAAAAAUGGUACGCCAAUGGUUUUUUGCCAAAUAAAAAUUAUUUUUGAAUUCCCCGUUCAAUUUAAAACAAAUGAUCUCUCUUGAGUUGCUUUCCUUCGAUGCGCCAUUUUUGAGUAAAAAAAAUAAAAACCGUUCUAUUGUCUAGCUUGCAAAAUUAUUAUUAAUUUAAUUGGAAAAAAAUAAACACAUUAGGGGUAAUUAACAACAACAACUGACAACAUAAACAUAACACUAAUACCAACGAAAUGAUUACAAAAAUUGCUGAAAUUGGCCCCCUUCACUUAGUAUGCAUGCUUCCGCCCUCCUUCUCAUGGAAUUGCGCACUCGUUGAAAUAUCCCUGGAGUGUUUUUUAUUCUAUCACAAGCUGCAUCUAUUCUUUCUCUUAAUUCCUGUACAGUGAUAAUGAGACUUGUGUACACUAGUUUCUUAAGAUAGCCCCACAAAAAGAAAUCUAAACUGUUGAGGUCUGGGGACCUUGGUGGCCAUUCUUGGGGCCCACCGCGGUCAAUCAAACGAUUUGGAUAAACAGUUUGUAAAUAUGUAAUUACGAACCGAUACACUGAAAUGCGCUGGUGCACCAUUAUGCAUGUUAUAUUGUUUCUUAUUACUAACGGAACAUCAUCAAGCAGCAAAGGCAACUGUUGUUGAAGAAAAUUGAGGUAAGUCUGUCCGUCAAGUCGUCCCGACAAGAAGAAUGGGCCAAUAAAGUGGUUGCCAAUAAUUCCUGCCCAUACGUUAACCGAAAAUUGGUGUUGGAAAUGGGUUUCGGUUACGGCAUAGGGAUUUUCUUCUGUCCACAAAUGAUUAUUGUGGAAAUUCUGAUUGGCAUUUCGAGAAAAAUUAGCUUCGUCCCUGAACAGAAUCAUUGAUUCAAAUUGCGGAUUUUGUGUAAUUUUUUGAAGAUACCACUGACAAAAGGUCACACGCCGUGGAAAAUUAAUGGGAAGUAAUGCCUGUACUCUUAAAAUAUGGUAAGGAUAUAACAAAAAAUCCACAAAAAUUCUGCAAACAAUUUGAUGGCAAAUAUUUAAGUAUCUAGCCAUCUUCCUCGUACUCGUUUCAGGAUGUUCUUCGACUUCGUGCAGCACUGCUUUCUCAAUUUCAGCUGUUCUCACACUUAGAGGUCUACCUUCAGAUAUUCCUUUUCGGACAGAACCAGUUUCAACAAGACGACGAUGAAUAUUAGAAAAGGUUCGACUAUCUGGCAAAGCACGAUCGGGAUAUCUCUGGUGAUAAAUCCGUCUGGCUUGCUCACCAUUACCGUCGGCAAGGCCAUACACGUAAUGCAUUUAAGCCAUUUAUGCAUUUGAAUAAUUCACCAUUAUUAACAAGAUUGUAAAAACUAAAUAAUAAAAAAGAUGUCACAGCGAACAGAUUUGAAUAACAGAGACUUGUCAGAUGUCAAAAGCCUGUGACAUAUUCAAGAGCAAUUAGAUAUUUAUUGCUAAAUUGCAUUCUUCAAUUAUUACAUUAAUUUUCUCGGACAAUAGAACGGUUUUUAUUUUUUUACUCAAAAAUAGCGUAUCGAAGGCAAACACUUAAAGAGAGAUCAUUUGUUUAAAAUUGAACGGGGAAUUAAAAAAUAUCGCAGUUAAUACCAGUACGCACGCCACUGUUAAAGCUGAAAAUUAUUUUUGCAUUGAAAAAUAGGCAAGUUUAUUGACUUUAAAUACGUACUAAAUAUCAGUGAAAUAUCUGAAGCAGUUCUGAAAAUAUUAAUUAAUUUCCAUUUUUUCCCUAAAACUUCCAACACCCCAAAUUUUUGUAAGGAAACAUUUUAGGACCAUAGUUUAUAAAGCAAACUAACAUUAAUUUUUCAUGUAGAUUCUCACCCUUAAAUAUUCGCAUAUCAUUAAGGAACGCCCUGUAUAUUUACGUAAGCAUGAACCAACCUCUUGUGUACCCUUCCCUGCUUUUUGUUCUAACCACACAUUAAAAAUACCUUUUCCUAUACUGCCAACGUAUAUUUCUAAGUAUAAUAAAUUUAACUGCCUCUUGUAGUAUAUGAUACCUGUUGAUAAUUUUGGCAUUGGAUGUGUCUUUUGAAGGUCAAAUGUUAAAGUUUCCAACGUUUCAUCGGUUUGCAUGACUUUUAUGUCACGUUUCAUUAGAUUUCGCAAAUCCUCUGCACUUUUGAGGUGCUCCUUAUGAUUCGCUUCGAGUGUAUCUUUUUCUAUUCCCUUAAGGAAAUUAGCCUGCGCGAUGUGUCACAAACAAGACACAUGUCUUUAUGAGGGGUUUUGAAUCUUAUAUUGAAAUUUGAAUAGAACACAUUCUUGUAUUUUGUAAGGCUCACUGGCUGGUCAGACAGCUCCUUAUAUAAAUUAUAUAUCUAGGAAAUGAGGAUAUAUGCUGGUUAAUUUCUUGAAUCCGCUUAUCAUCAAUUGCGUUUCUUCCACCACUAUUCAAUCCCCUCUUAUCGCAUAUAAUAUUAUUACUUCUUAACUGAUACAGUGCUACCCAAACAUGGUUGCCAUUGAUUUGGAGGCUAUUUAAAAACAUUUCUAUGCGCACUUGAAGAUCAUCACUGUAAUACUCUCUGGACUUGGUUCUCUUCGAUUUCUUGUUUUUUGUAUGUCUUUUUGUCAUACUCCUUUACGGAUUUGACUCUCAGAGCACAUCUACCCUCAAAAGUGCCCAUGUUCCAAAAUUGAUCAAAGAAUCAUUUUCUGGUAGCGUUGUCCUCAAUUUUGGUGCAGUUUCUCAAGCAGAUACAAGAGUAAUCUUGAUCAUCGAUUGGCUUUGACAACUUUGUUCCUAGCUUAAACAUAUUCUUUAUUAUAAUUGGCAAGCCUUUUUCUAUUGUCAUGAUAGGUUGUGUAUCUUACUUACUCUUUUUUCCCUUUUUCUUCCUUACUUCAUUUUCUCUUAUAGUAUGACCAACUUUUUUAUAUUUUAGAUGCUUUUUAUCAUUCACUUCUGCCAGUGCUUCUAGCAAUUUUGAUCUUUUAUUCAUCCUGGAAAUGAAUAAAAACAAUAUUAUAAAAACUAUUGUUGUUGGUAGACAUAAAUAAUUUUCCUAUCUACAAAUCGAUCUAUUGUACCCAGGACAUCUGGGUAAUUUAAUCCUUAACGACAGACAUAAAAAAGUUCAUCAGAUAGUCCUUAUGCAGCAUAAAGAGAUGAAGUUUUAAUUUACGAUAAAAUCGUGAUGUAUUUAUUGGAAAAAGAAAAACAAUGUGAGCUAUUAAGCUAACCAGAUAUGGUUUAAAUAUAUGCAAUAUAAGCAUGCUAAACACCAUGUACGCAGCCCUGCUCCAUACUUUACAGAAUGACAGAAAAUUUAUUUAGGUUGUGUUUCACAAGCGCUCAUCAAAUUGUGAAAAUAUCAUGCAACAUUAUAUAAAAUGAACCAUUGUACUCGCCUUAAAGGUCUUUGCAUGACAAAUUGAAAGUUUACAAAAAGACUGCAACUAUUUUAACAUGUCUGGAAUCGACGUCAACAAUACGCAUUCACGCAGCGUAUCUGUGUACUACCUUCAACUAGCAGUUUUUCAACAAUGGAUUAUUCCACAUUGUGGGUUAGGCCCUUGUUGUAAAUCCUUAUACUGGUUUGAUAAAAUGUGGCUUAAGACUUUCCUCAUAGAUGUCGCCAGGAUAUAAGGUGUGACUUAGAUCAAACUGAGGGUUAGACCAUUAUUGCAGAACACCGUACAUUUGUUCUUAAAUAUCUGUUUAUUAAAUAAAACUGGUUUUUAAUACAAAUCUUUGCCAUUAUGCCACACGAUGCUCAUUUUAAUGGAAACAUGAAUAUUUUAUAAUUUCAAGAUAUUUUAUGUUAUUUAUCACGACUAAGCAAUGAGAGAUGAGAAUACAAUGUUUUUAACGAUAAUACUAAUAUUGAUGUACAUUGAUUUACUAUUAAUCAUGUCGCAAAGUAAUGCAAUAUUUUUUUACAAAAAUGAUCGUAUGCCUUAUUUUUUUACAGUGAAGCACAAAUUGUAUAUGGUUAUAUUUGUUGAUACCUGUUAUUGCUUUUAUUGUAUCAUUUUAUGUAACUACUGUGAUACCGUUGUCAAGAUACCAUAAAUGUUGUUUACAAA